AACAGUGAUUACAGACUGUAGUAUACAAUGCAUAUUCAAGAUGGUGCGAACAACAAAGCGAUCCCAUAAGGUGAUGUAAAUAAGAAAAGUUGUCUACGAAAAUUGUUUGUGAGCAGAAUUAAGAAAACGCGCAAGGAAUAAUCAAAUCCAAAAAUAUGGCCAAGUCUGUAUUGAGUUCAGAUACCCUUCCUAAGGCAGGAAGAGUAAACGAAGUUUGCCGGGAGUGGCUGGUACACGAAGAUGGAGCAUUGGCAUACAGACUACAGGACGAGGAGAUUAAAGAACACUACACAGGAAACAAGGUUCGCAAUGCACAAGUACGCGAGGAUUUACCUAAGGCCAAAGUUGAACAAGAACUUGAAGCCCUUAGAUAUCAAUGCAUUAUUCAACAACAGGAAGAGAAAGAUGCACUCGUUGCAAAGCAAAUUGCUUUAAAUUUAGAACGUGAGGAACGGAAGAAAGAAAGAAUGUUGCAAGAGCAAAUGAGACGGCAGCUCAGACUCGACGAUGAAACUGCGCAGCUAGAAGCUGAAUUGGAGAUGCAAAAGCGGAUUCAAGAAGAAAAAGAUCAGGAAUUAGCAAGAAAGUUACAACUGGAAGAAGAAGAAGCUACGGCAGAGGGGGAAGGUUCUAUGAUAGAUGAACAGCUGCUAAUUGACCAGAAGAUAGCGAUGGAAGCUCAGGAUGCAGAAUUAGCACGAAUGCUACAGGAUAAAGAACGUGCAAAAGCACGAAGAGCAAGAGAACGUGCGAAGCAAAAAAAACUGGAAAAACAGCAGCUUCAACUACUCGAGGAGCAGAAUGCUAUUGAAAAGCCACAAAGGCCUGACAAAUUGGAUCUAAAAAUACAACACCAGGUUAAACAAAAAGCUGGUGCUAAUUAUUCGCAGUAUCCUGAUCCAGAAGAAAUUCAGGUACUGGAGAGUCCGUUGAAUGAAAUAAGGGAAAUGCCCAAUGUUGCUGCCAUGAUUGAUCCAACAUACAAUGGUAAUACACACAGAAGCUCUUCAAGCAGUUCAAGCAACACUACAAGCCCUGCUUACGUUUUACCCACACCACCUCUCGAACUGAUGGAUGAGGAUGCACCUUGUUAUAUGCCGAUUCAAGGGCAAAGGCGUAAUCAGAUUCAGUCCCCUUCACUUGUUCAUGAAGAAAAACAGAAGCGUCGUGUGAAGGAUGGAUGCAAGCAUCAAUAAUAGGAAUAGCAACAUACUGAGUACCGUUUUUCUUUUCGAUCUGAAAAAGUAUUAUGAAAAAAAAUUAAAAGUAUUUAAAAAAUGAAA